CCCUGAAUCUUGUCUGUGUUUUGGUACGUUAACCUGAGGAACCUUUAUGUAUCUCACAUCCAGGGAAACACUUAUUGUUCAUUCAUUAAUAUUUUUAAUGCAUUUAUAGAUUACUGUAUUAGGAAUUUUGCAUCCUUAUGUAAAAGUUGUGGUGCUUAAAAAAUGUCUUUUUAGAAUAUUGUCACAGUAUAAUAUAAUGUUGACCUUAGGCGAAUUAUCAGUCUAUUGAGAAACACUUCCUGGUUAUCGGACAAUUGGCAAUACGUAGCAAUAAAUGAAUAGUGGUAUUACAGUUCUAAUCGUAAUGAAGAACUCUCGUAAUUUAAAUUAUCCCACUUAAUAAAGGAAGGUCAGGUUUAAAUAAACAAAUACAUGCUAAGAUUUUGAUUCAGGUUUAUCACCCCACAGAGUUCUCGUCACAAACUGACAUCAGUCAAUGCACUGUUGAAACGAGUUCUUCGCUUUAAACCCGAAUGCAUCUACAUAUUGGUUAAACCAUGAACUAUGAAAACACCCCAAAAUAUGAGGAUCAAUGGGCAAAUUUUAUACAGUCAUUAGAUGUUGAUCCAGAUAAAGCCAAGGGUAUUGAACAGCUACCUGAUGAUCAGAAACGUCAAUUAUUGGAAAAUUAUGCUGUAAAAAAUCCAAAGUUUUCCGCUUUUCAUUAUGUUAGCCUGAUUAAGGGCUUACGUGUCGGGCGGUCAACAUUGACAAAGAAUCCUCGUAAAGGUGAUGCUCAGCAAGCUAAAGAAAUUCUUUUAGCCACAGAAAUAUCCUUGCGAACAAAUAAUGUAGCUUGGGUUUAUGAUUUUCUCGAUCAAGAGGGUUUGGAGGCAUUAGUGAAUUAUGUGUCUAGAGUAAUACAUAUGGUUAUGAGAACUGAUUUCCGCCCUACAGUGGAUGCCAUUCAACAACAACGUUCCGCUCUUCUAGGUUCACUUAGUUCGGAUCAAGCGGUUUCUAUAACUGAUCUGUGCGAUAAUAUUAAUGAAAGUGAUAAAGUUGGAUCUGGUUUAUGGUGCUCUAGUUUAAGGAAGAAAAAACAUGAUCGCAUUUCUUUUUCGCCUAUUCAUGUCCGAAAUAUAUCUGAUUCAAUCAGAGAUAGUCUUCAUCAAGGUGUCAGAUGCUUUCGUGCAUUACUUAAUAAUCAGCGUGGUUGUUCAAUGGUAUUUGAACAUCCUCAUGCCGUAAAUGUUAUUGCUCUAUGCCUCCUUCAUCCAAGCUACCAGACAAAAACUUUAGUACUUGAACUUUUAACGGUUGUUUGCCUAAUCACCGGUGGACAUGAACGUGUAUUAAAUGCAUUUGAUAAUUUUAAAAAGGAAGUUGGGGAAUCUACACGUUUUGAAUAUUUAAUACAUUAUUUUUUCACACAUGAAUCUGAAUCUUCAGAUUAUAAUAUGGAUUUUAUGGUAUCUUGUAUGCAGUUUUUCAAUAUAGUUGUACAUUCAACAGAUGACAUAAUGUUAAGAGUGUAUUUACAAGAAGAAUUUAAACAUCUUGGAUUAGUUAAUUAUUUAUCGCGAAUAUACAAUCAAUCUGGCGAUCGUCUUCUACGUCAAAUAGAAGCAUAUAAUGAUAAUGAAGUAGAUGUUGCAGUAUUACUAGAAGAUUCACAAAUGCGUGAUAUAUUACAACAAGAGAAAGAACAAGCAGAAUCAGAUCUGAUCAUUUUACAAACUCGUACAGCAACAAUUCAAGCAGAAUAUGAAAAUAAAUUAUUGCAGCUUCAACAAAACAUACAAGCUUUGGAAAUAAAAAAUCAAGAUUUGGAGAAUCAGCGCACUAACCAAGAUGGUCAACUGUCUACACUGCGUGCUCAACUAUUGGAUAAAGACAAAAGCACAACAGAACGUGAGCGUAAUUUACAACAACGACUACGUGAACUAGAAGAUACUUUGAAUACAGUUAAAAAUUCACAAUCGAAAUCACAGAUACAAGUGAAUGGUAUAGUUGAUAACUCUAUCGAAUCGGUAAACACAACAAGUGUUAUUACUUCUGGUAAUAAUGCUCCUCCACCACCACCUCCUCCUCCCCCUCCGCCACCACCCCCGCCACCCCCACCACCAUCUGCAAGUGGUAUACCGCCACCACCGCCUCCUCCCCCGCCGGGAAUGGGUGCAACGGUGUCUGGUGCAGAAGGUGUUUCCAUACGGCCACCCAUACAAACUCGAUACAAAUUACCGUUAGUUAAUUGGGUCCUGUUGAAAAAUCAACAACUUCGUGGUACGAUAUUUGUCGGCAUGAAUGAUGAAGCCGUUUUGGAUGCAUUGGAUACUGAGAAAUUUGAAAAUCUGUUCAAAUUGUCUAAUCAGUCAGUGAAUAAUAGUAAUAAAUCGAGUAUAAAUAAUCUAGCCAAUGGAUUAGAUCAGAAAGACAGUCGAAUAAGUAAAAAAAUUGAGAAAAAAUCUUUGAUGGAUCCAAAUAGACAUCGUUGUAUCGGUGUUUUAUUACGUUAUUUAGAAUCUGAAAAAUAUACACCAGAACGUUUAUGGAAUGAUAUUAAUCGUUUAGAACUAGGUCAAGAUGUAACAGAUCGUAUUUAUCAUCAAUUGCCAACAUCUGAUGAAGUGAAAACUUAUUUAAAUUAUGAAUUCACUGAACAACGAUCUAUUGAUGAUUUAACGGAUGAAGAUCGUCUUUUAUUACAUUUAUGCAAAGUUGAACGUUUAGGACCUAGAUUAGAAAUUAUUUUAUUCAUGAAUUCAUUUGAAGAUAAUUUGAAUGUAGUGAAUUCGAAAAUUAUCGCUGUAAGAUCAGCUUCGUUAGCAUUGAAGAACAGUUGUAAAUUUAGAGCUAUCUUGGAAAUUAUAUUAGCUUUUGGCAAUUAUAUGAAUAGUUCCAGACGUGGUAUUGCCUAUGGUUUUCGUUUGCAGAGUUUAGAUGCUUUAUCCGACACACGGACUUUGGACAAAUCAUGGACUCUUCUUCAUUUCAUAGUUGAAACAAUUGAAACCCAAUUUCCUGCCUUAGUUAAUUUUGACGAUGAAUUGACUGGUGUUGUAGAAGCUGCAAAGGUUCCAACAGAAGCUUUAACAAAUGAUAUAGCAGCAUUAGUUUCUGGUAUGUCACAAGCUGAUAAAGAGACAAUUAUUUUUGGUUCAUUAAAAACACCACAACGUUUAUCAGAUUUUGUAUUGAAUAAUAAAUCUAAAGUGGAAUCAAUUGAAAAAGAAGCAGAAAUUGCACGUAAUAUGUUUGCUAGAACAAUUGAAUGGUUUGGUGAAGCACAAAUUAAACCUAGUCCAGAACAAUUUUUCAGUUUAAUUGUUCGAUUUAUUAAAAAUUUCAAAAAUGCAAUAGUUGACAAUGAAGCACGACGUCGUGUUGAAGCUCUUCAAAGUUUAAAUUCUGUAACCGGUGAUGAUAAUGGACCAUUAUCAUCAAUCAAUCAAAUUUCAAUAAACCAUAUUCCAAAAAGACCAAAAGAUGAUGUCCCUAUAUCGGAAUUACAGAAGCGUUUGGCACAAGAAGCUCGGUUGGCUAAACGACGAUUUAAAAACCGUACUAGACAGAUCACAGGAGAUGGAAUGAUGGAUGAAAUUCUAGCAGGUCUUAUAUCGGAGCCUUUACAAGCUGAAGUUCAUCCACAUCGUAAUCGUCUAUCUGAAAAUAAUAAUUGAAAUAUUUUAUUUCUGAUUUCUAUCCAUAAUUCAAAUAAUUAUUCACACACACAUACACACACUAUACACCUAUUAGCUUGUUUUCUACGCCCAAAUCAAUGAAUUAACUUGUCAUCUUUCUUAUUCAUUACAUUUCGAUUCCUUCUUUUUGUUUUCUUUGUAAUUCACAUUAGUUUGUUCAUUGUGACUUGUUGUUUGUUAUAGUUUAUGAUGACUAGUCAACUGAUAGAUUUACAUACUACAUAUAUGUAGUCUUCUGUUUUGGAUUGUGCUUCAAUUAAUUUACCUAUGAAUAUUAAGAUCUUAUCUAAAUGAUCAUUAUUAUUAUUGUUGUUUUUUUUUCUUUUUGUAUUCAAUUCAUUUAACUCAUCACUGAUUUGUUGUUUACAAGUCGGAUAGAUUGACAUAUUGUUUUUUAUUUUUAAUAUUCAUUUCAAACUUGUUUUGUUGGCUUGGUUUUUUUUUCUUUUCUAUAAUCUAAUUGGUUUGCAUCAAUACUUUUGUUUAGCUCUAUUAUGUUCGAAUGUAUUAGUGUUGGUAUUAGUUAGUGUUAUGUGUCGGUUUUUUGUUGUUGGUUUCUUUGAAUAUCCACACUGUUUUUUAUAUUUGAUGAUAUUCGAAUGUUUGUGUUAUCAUUGUAGCUCAAAUUCCUCUUCUUUUUUUUUUAAGUUCCCUUUUUAUUAAUUUACUUGGUAAAGCUCAUUGUUAUUGCUUUCCUCCUCUCUACUGAUCAUUAUCUACAGUUUAUUCUACUUAGAUAUUGUAACUAAUGAUGAUUUCUCUUUUAUCUAUUAAGAAAAAAAAAGACAUUCUUUUUCUGUUCAAUUUUAAAUCUAGUCACAUUUUUAAUUGAUUGUUAUAUGAUGAACUAUGUGUCACUCCAUCUCUUUUUUACUCCUUAUUUGUUUACCGCCUUAUUUGUCUUAUCGACUUCUAGAAGGUUUUUUUUAAUAGUUAGGAAGAGAAGUGAAUAGACAAUGAUCUCCCGGUUAACCAAAUCUCUCGCUUUUUUUCAAUCAUUCAAACCAAACCUCUGCAAAUGAACAUAUAUAUAUACAAUAUCUGUAUAAUAAUUAUAAAUAGUAUUUUUACACUGUGUCCAAGUAUUGUAUUCAUAUUCCUUACUUUACCCAAUUAAUAUUCCGUUUUUCUAAUUUAGUUAUUUAUAUUCUGUGUUGCUAUAGUAGUUGCACUCAUAUUGCCUGUUGUAUGUUUUAUUAAAAUUGACAUGUAUGUGCACACAUAUUUAUUAUUGCAUUGAAAUAACAAUCAAAUUCCCCUUUGUAUAUCUCUCUCUCUCUCUACUCACGUUUUGGUAAAUUUACUCAUAGAGUGUAUUAAUCAGGGUUUUAUCCACAAUCGGAGACAUUAGUCGUCCUUUUAAAAAGUUUAACUUUUUUGUUCUUGUAUAAGUUAUUUCAAAGUAAUCUUUUAUAAUUAUUUAUCAUCGAUGCCUGCUUAUUCAUGUUGGUAUGUUUUGCUUUCACAUUUGUUGAUUACGUAAUAAUGACAAUAAUGAACAGUAAAGAAAAAAUAGAAAAUGGUUAUACUGGUAUUCUUGUAAAUUUAUUAUACCAGGAAAAUUCCUCAUUUUGUAAUUGAACUUUGUAUUGAGAAACUAUUUCUUAUGCCCUUUUAUAAAUCUGUAUAAAAAUUUACGUGUUAAUUUUGGGUUAUAAUUUAUAUACAUAUAAAUAUAUAUGAUAUCUUAUCAGGCUUUUAUUCUAUCCAGCUGAUAAAACGCCCCCAAAUGUACUGGUAUGUCCAAGAGUGGGAAGAGUCAGCUCUCCCUCUCGAAAUACCUAUACCUAUAUUAUCGAAAGCACAUCGACUAGCUCCCCAAAAACUGAGGUUGAUCAAAAGCGCAUUCAAGCGUAUGUUAGGUUUGGGAAGUAUUCGGCCGUCAAACAGCCUAUAGGCAUCUCCCUCACACACAGUAACUAAAAAGAACAGCAACGAUUGGCGUCUAACUGGCGACUCUCGGCGUUUGAAUGUGAAUACCAUUCUUGAUCGUUACACUUUGCCUCACAUUCACGAUUUGCCAGCCACCUUGAAAAGUACAACUGCUUUUUGAAUAUCGAUUUAGUGAAAGCACAUAAUCAAAUUCCUACGGCCUCUGACGACAUUCCUAGAACCUCUAUCAUCACACCUAUGAGUUUUCACUCACGCCGUUCGGCCUAAAAAAUGUUGCACAAACCUUCCACAGGCUCAUCAAUGACGUCUUUCGAGGUCUCAACUUCGUACAUAUGUAUGUUAUGGCUUUUAGAUCAUCAUCAAAAUCCUCACGGUUUUGUUUUACUUCCUUCUUAGCGAUCGCUAUAUCACGGCCAAGAGCAUAUCUCAAGCUUUCGCUCGCCAUCGAUGUUCCAGAGACUAAAGAAUGAAUGCUACUUGACCGAGGUUUGAAUCGUAACAUUAGCUUUUCAAACUCUUUAUUCAAGGUGGUUGAGUCGUCUGAGUAGUCAUCGAUUCCAUAAUCCUUGGUAAACUGACCGGAGCUAGAAUUUGUGAUGUCUUCUGAAUUUUCGUUGGCACCGUAAAGAAAACGUUCCAUGAGUGCGACUUUAUCUUUAGAAACCUUUGAGAUAUCUGUUUCUAUUGUCUUUGCUUUCAAUUAUUUGUUGUCCCCAGCCACUUUGGCAUUAUCACUACCGAUUUCUAAGGAUUUCACAUUGUGGCCACCUGCAAGUUCUACAAAAUUAUCCUCCUAUGUCGAAAGACUCGGCUUCUGAAUCCAUAUUAAGGUUACUAAUAAUGUGCUCAUCGUAAUCAACUUCAGGUUCGCGUAUUCUAGAUGAGUCAGAAUCACUGGAAGCAUUGCUGGCGCAAUAUUCAGGUAUUACAGUUAUAAUGUAGGCUUCUUUGGUAUCAUCAGAUUUGAGAUGUUGCAUAUAGUCGUAACCGUCAUCCACAAACACUUCAUAGUUAAAAUGAAUAGGGACUCCUGGCAAAGGUUUCGACAAUUCUUUUUCGACCGGCUUUAGUUCACACUGUUUGAAAUCCUUUCUGUUGAAUUUUUUCAUCAUAAAAGACCAGCUGAUUUGUUAGCGGGAGCGAGAUAGGACGAACGUAGCAACUGAUGUAUUACUAAAAUGACCGCCAAUACAACCCCUCACUUGGUCCACACUAUUAACGUCACAGUUCUUUUUGCCGCCAUUCAAAGUAAAACGGUUCUGGACGGAAUAUAGGAACCUUUCACAUUACGGGCUUCUGUAUCUAGUAAGAGCGGAUCAUCGGUGCCGCCGGAUAAGAAAUACCAAGUUGACGGUAAUGAUUUUAGACCAGAUAUGAAACGACUAGCGCCACUGACAAAUACAUCGACUCCAAAAAAUCCCACAGAAUUACGUUCACUAGUGGGUGUUCUUCAGUACUAUUCUCGUCUUAUUCCUAAUUUUUCUUGUCGUGUCAACGGUUUAUUUAAUAUUUUGACAUCCGGGUCAUUCAAAUGGGGUGAGAAACAAGAGUCAUGCUUACGAAGUCUGCCAAAGUUUCUUCAAAGUGAUGCUAUUCUUCGAACUUACUCACCCAGUG